CGCAUUGUUACAUCUGUAGGUCGGUAGCCACUUCUACGGAUCUGCCUACAUCUUAAAUACACAAGCUAAAUAGAAAGAACUUUCCGUCUAACACAUCACAUCACAUCGCAUCACUUACAAAGUUAUUGUUAUUGCUAUUGCUAUUAUUUUCUUCUUCCUUCUAUAUAUAUAUAAACCCGCUCCAAAUUCUUGCUUCUUUCCGCUUUGUUGAAAAUAACUAGAGAGUCUUGUUACUACGCCACCCUAAAACGGAACUUAUCAGACUGCCGAAAGCGUCUCCAAAUCUGCCAGCCUCAUCAACAUUAUCAGAUCAUCGGAACCCAUACCACUCUCAACUCCAUGUUCUCAUAAUCUACCAGGUAUUCGUUUAAAGCUCGAGGGAGGAAAGGCGACGGCGUGGUGUGAUAUAUCUAACGUCUAACGUCAAUUUUGGCCCAUCAUCCAUCAUGGAGGUCGCCGAGUUGGACAAUGAUACGAGGGGUUGGAUCUUGUGCCUAGUGAGCGGCGUUGCAUGCGUGAUAGGAUCCUCUAUCAUCUGCGUCGAUGAAAUCGUCCGGCUCUUCCCCGGCAAAAAGGAUUUUCGAAUACAAGACAGCAAUACCUUUCUCGCCUGCUCGCUGAGCUUGAGCUUUGGCGUCAUGUUGUUCAUGUCGCUGUACAGUAUGUUACCUGAAUCGAAGGACUACUUUAAGAAGGGAGGCUAUUCAGAGCAGGCGUCGGGCUUCGCCGUGAUGGCCUGCUUUGUAAGCGGAUUCGUGGGUAUUCAAGUAUUAUCGAGAUUAUUUCACCGGCUCAUACCUUCGCAUGUCGUCGACUGUGACCAUAGCCACGAUGAUCAUGCUUUAGACAGCCAUCAUACCCAUGCAGACGGCUUCAGCCGAAGGCUAUCUUCACAUGCCUCCCAUGCUCGAAGCAUCGGCAGACGCAAUCAUUUCACAAAUGCCCAUAUUGACGGCCCAAAGCCUCUAGUGAGCGAAAACGGACACGCUAGUGAGAUUACGCCGCUUCUACAGACAGACACCUCCAACGAGAUAUAUCGUGCCCGACCACUGAGGAGGGCAGAGACCGAGAACCCCACAAAUGCUCACUCACCUACAGCCUUGCGUGCCCCUCGCAGUCGAACGCUGACGUCGGACAGGCGACCUUCGAUGUUGCAGAAGAGAGUUAUGUCCUUUGUGAAAGACACCAAGCCCAAUUGCGAUGAGGCUGGCCCUUGCUACGGAUACUCAGAUCCCUGUGGACAAGAAUGUUUCAAGCACCUCAGUAGUCGAUCCGCACCCCUAUCCCGAGCGCCUACUUUACUUCGUUCUCCUACCGUAGGACAUACCGAACCGCGUAUCGAUACGGUAGAUGAGGACGGCGAUCUUGAUACUUCAUCUACCGUAAGUCCUACGUGUCGGAUGAGUCGUGUGCAUUCGCGUGAUGUUCACCACGAACAUGAAGACGAACACCACUCUGAGAUCCUGGAAGACGUUGAGGCCCAGCAUCAUCAUCACGUUCCCGAGAACGCCUUUCUGUCCAUCGGCCUUCAGACCUCUAUCGCGAUCGCUCUACAUAAAUUCCCCGAAGGCUUCAUCACUUACGCAACGAAUCAUGCAAACCCUUCCCUUGGUUUCAACGUAUUUCUGGCACUGUUUGUGCAUAAUAUCUCCGAAGGGUUUGCACUUGCAUUACCGCUCUAUAUGGCCCUAAAUAACAGAUUCCGUGCCAUGCUGUGGGCUUCCGUAUUGGGUGGUCUAAGCCAACCAUUAGGAGCAAGCAUCGCGGUGCUGUGGUUUAAAUUGGCCCAGCACACGAAUAUAACGCCCGACGCUGUGGCGUACGGCUGCCUGUUCGCUAUUACAGCAGGCAUCAUGGCUAGCGUGGCCCUGCAGCUGUUCGUCGAGAGUCUGAGCCUCAACCACAACCAGAAUUUGAGCAUUUUAUUCGCCUUCUUGGGUAUGACGCUUCUGGGAAUCAGCAAUGCCUUCACUGCACACGCCCAUUGAUUGUAAUAUGCGCCUCUCCGCCCCCUAAUUGGGCAAAGGCGGAGAGGAAACGGACGGCAUGCGUCAUUAAUCGCCGUCUUUUCUUUAUUUUAAGGCUACAGGAUGGAAAUAGGCCAGGGUAUCACAAUUAAUUUUGCAAGCAUCAUGCGCGGCGUCCUCGGAGUUUUUACGGAUAUGAGUGAUGCCAGGCACGAAACUCAUAAUUCAAAAGGGUAACCAGUCGAAAUCGCAACUUACAUGCCCAGGCUCGCAGGGAAGCGGGAAAGGAGAGGAACUAUCAGUGUAUACCUACCAUAAGGCUAAGGCAGAGUGUUGCAUACGUUAGCUUUUUUUAGUAUACGGUGGCCAAAGUAGCA